UAUAUUGCCCCUUUUUUGGGCAUUCUUCGAUGUAAAACUCAUAUGGGCGUGUUUAUUUUCCUAUGGUACAUAUUUACAGUUGGAGUAUUUGCUCUUCCUCCCUUUGUUCAUGUGCCAAACUCACCAGUUGACCUUUCAAAACUGUUUAAUGGAGCUGAAUCAGAUAAAGACCGUAGGAUCGCUUUUCAUGUUCAUGGCACGGCUAGAGUUGAAACUAAAGAAUCUGGCCCUCAGAUGGUUAGAUUUUUAUAUUUGGUUCCUAAAGUAGGAGCAAAUUUGUCUGGAGGCUUGGCCACCCCUGGUAUGCUUCAGAAUCACGUUCUUCCACUUACUGUUCCUCAGUUUGAAGGCGAAGAACUUUUAGAGUUUUUAGGCUUUUCAGAUUGCAAAACUUGGCAUGCUGAGAUGGUUAGUUUUUGGGCUCCAAAUUACACCGCUCCAUCCUCAAGAGCUGUUGCUUAUUUAAAGGAUCCCAAAACUGGUGACUGGAAUAAACGUUAUCUACCCACUCUUAAUGAUAAAGAUUUAUAUGAAUUGAGCUUUUUUGAAUUUGUAAAGGACAAGGUUCAUUGGGAACUCAGGCCCAAACUACUUGAACUACUCCCAACUCAUCCAGAAACAUAUGCACUUGCUGGUCACCUUGCUACAGAAGUACCAUUGUCAACUGUUUUACCAAAACAACCUUCUCCACCUUUUGUACCUUCUGUACCUGUUGAAAAAGAUUUACCUCGUGAAUAUUCUAAACCUGUUGUUUUGGACACGGAGAGCAAGUUUGGUGCAUUAGAUAACAGAGUGGCGUUUUCUACUCCAGUUUCAGUUAUUAUGCAAAAAGACCCUGAUGAUGUUCAUGUUGUCAGGUUCUUGCAUCUUGUUCCUAAAUUAGGUUCAGAUUUAAGUGGUGGAUUUGCAACUCCAGGCAGGGUCAGACCAGUUUUUCUCUCAUUUACUGUACCAGAUACUACAGAAGGGGAAACCGUAGAACUAAUCGCAUUUUCUGACUGCAAAACUUGGUAUGCGCUUCAUUUGACAUUUUGGUUACCUAAAGGUGAAGGAUUUUUGACUAACAGGGCUGCUGGCUUUGUUAGGGACCCUAAGACUGGUGACUGGGUUAGACAUAAUCUUGUUUCCGGAUUUCUACCACCUCAUGAUGAGAAUCUCGUUCGUUUUGUCAAGGACAGAGUUCACUGGGAGCUAUUACCUAAACUUGUUAACAAAUUACCAUCUCACCCUGUUACUCACGCCCUUGCUUCACUGAUGCUCUAGACUAUUUCUCUCCAUCGUUUUAAUUAAUCCAGUAUUCUAAUUGUAUUUUAAUAUUUAAACACGGGAAUUUGUACAUUACACUAUUUUAAACUGGACAUACACCUAAUGUU